AUUGGAAAGGUGCCAAAAUAAGAAGGCCCAAAGGGGAUGAAUGAGGAGUUGAUGAGCUCAACAGGAAAAGAGGAAACCGAUAAAGCCAACUUGAGAAUGGAUAGCAAUUUCUUUUCAGCCGUUAUUAAACAGGCAGAAGCAGAAGUCAAGUCGAAAAAAGGUCAACCUUUCAAAGCUUUUUCUAAACUUUACUUACGUAUGGCAUCCCAAACAACGGAGGAGGCAGAAUUCUGGGAACGUCUAGAGAAUAUAUUUGAUCGCAAAAUUCCGAUCGAUCCUCAAGUGAAAUAUGCCAUGAAUGAGGCUAUCAAAGAAACGAGAAAACAAGAGCCCGACGAAGCAGAAGAGGUGAUCAACGCCGUAUUGUAUUUAGCUCACGACAUAGUCUCCGUCGCGUUCCGAGAUAAAGAUGCAGAAGUUGCCUAUGAUGCGAAGAAGAUCGCUGCAGAUUUUAUAGCCAAAAAACUCGAGGAAAGUAAGAAAACAGUGCCAAGUCCUGAAGAAACCGAAACCGAAUCGGAGGCAAAAGGAAUUUUUAACGCCAAAAGAUCACCUGGGGAUUUUCUGGAGCAAUUCGUGGGGAUCAAAAAGCUGGAAAGAAAAGGUGGACCAAAAGAACAAGAAAACAUGUAUCACAUUAUUAACAUAGGUGUAACGAAUAUAUACCUUGACAUUAUAAAAAAGUUUGUUGAGGAAAACAAGCAAAAAAUUUUCCAUGGCAAUGAUUAUCAAACGCUCAAGGAAAAGAGGGAACACCUUCUACAUUUUAAGAGUGGUUUACCAACUUUUCAAGGCUCAACCCAUUGCCUUUGGAAUAGAGUCAUUCAUUACCUUAAAAAUGACAUCGAGCGAUUUAAGGUGUCUUUCCCAAGUGGCGAGACACACUCAAAUGAAUGCGAUGAGGCUUUCAGUAAGGCCAGAAAAGAGCUGUUGGAUGAGGCAGAAAAGACUAUGUUAUAUGCUUUUGGAAAAUUUGAGUCCUCUAUAAAAGCUGGAGGAACAGAUGUCGAGAAAAAAGAUACCAUGCAAAAGACUAGGAAUAAGUUGCUUAAAGAUCCCGAAAUUGAACAACUGGGAAAGAAUAUUGAGAAAAUUAUUUACCCAGAUAUUGAAGAAAUGCCGUAUGGUGUCUUUGUAGAUAUGCCGUAUGGUGUCUUUGUAGAUAGGCGCGCUUUGAAUUUGUGGAAAAAGGAAGGAGGAAGUAUGAAAGAAUUUUUUGAUUUCAUAGAGAAAGUGAGAGAAAUGUUCCACAAACUGCCUGAAUUCGUCGUACGAUGGGGUGAGUGGGCUUACAAAGUUUCCAAGAAGGUAAACAGCCCCGGGGCUGCCUCUUGAAAAUGAAAUGAUUUAAAUCCUUCUUUAAUCUGUAGCUGUGGCCACGUUAUUUUGAUCCUGGGCAAGGAAGGUUCUGACAAAACCCGUGUUUCUGUUUUAUCAAUUUGACGCCAAGUAAAUUCAGACUUUCACUUCCUUACUCGACAAUAAGAAACGCAUAGUUUUAGCAAAAGUGAAUAUCUGCCACUGUUCGAUGUAUAUAUAAAUAUAAUCCCUCAAAACCUGUAACAACUAGUGGCUACAUAUGAUCAUAAUGCUCUAAAUAUCUAAAAUCCUGGCUCAGAGUUUAGGCUGCGGCAUCAUGAAUGUUAAAAGGAAGGCUUUAAUCACUUACAAUGUAUCUAUAGAUUGUUUUAGUUAUAAAGAAAGUAAGGAAUGUACUAUGCAUACUAAAUAAAAAGCAUCCAGAUUUCUAGAUUAAGGUAUUUAGCUUACUGGUAAAAAUAUAACUAUAUUAAAGGACAAUGACUUGGGUUGUUUA